ACCAAAACAAAUAUGGCGGCCACGGUAACGAUAAACAUACUAUCGGUGAGUUUUUCUCUCGUCUCUUUCGGUUUCACGGGUCGGUUUUAAAGAUCACACAUUUUGUAAAGAGACCGUUUAACCGAUCAAAUGUCUCCGGACCAGAUCUGAACGGACAGCCUCAUCGAAACCCGGAAAACCAACGGAAGUGUGUGCCUCUCGUUUGAACAUAAACAUCCGCCUGUGUAACGCGUGUGUGUGUUUACUGCGUUAGCUGGUCGCUUCAACCGGACAAAACAUGAAGAAAACAUGAGAAAGUGACCGGAACGAGGGCUGGUGUAACUAACCAUCGAUCUGAACACGAUGUAGCGAACGACUGGAAACCAACAAGACAUGGACUUUGCCUUGGAGACGAGCGGAGAGCACCGAGAGGAAAUCCUCCAGUGAACCAUUAGUUACCAUGGGUUUGGUGAACUUUGUCAUCUCCACUGUAGGAAAAUGCCUGGACGCCGUCUGCCUACUGCUGGACCUGAACUUUGUCAUCGUCCACAGCGUGGUGCGGACGGUCCUGGCGGUGGUCGCCUUCAUAAGCAGCCUGCCCACCCUCCUCCUCAACUCCCUGGUGGAGCUGGGCAACUUAACCGUGCUCGGCUUGAUGUCCCUGGCGGAAGCGACGUCAAACGUGGCCCACGGGAGCGUCACCAUGCUGGGGAGCUUGGUGCUGGCUCUGGAGGGGCUGCUGGAGAGCCUGAAGAUGGUGGGUUACCUGUCCAUGCACGUCCUGCUUCGUGGGAAGGAGCACCUGUGUCGAGGUCUGCUGUCAGUGCUGGAGGGCUGCGGCAUCGCUGUCAGCCUGGUGGUCUAUUUCGCCAACACCGUGGUCAACUAUGCCCUCAUUGCCGCUCAGAACAUCUACCUGGCGGCGGUCAGCGUGUGGCAGACGGUGUCCAGCCCGCUGCAGAAGGUGCUGGAGCUCACGCUGACUUCCUUCACCUUUCUGUACAGCAGUCUGGUUGGGACUUCGGCUUUCCUGUGGUCACCCUGUAAACUGGUGUUGGACUUCUUGGUCUCGCUGGUUCACAUGUUCAUCAGCAUCUUCAUACUGAACAUCUACGGCCUCCUGCUCACCGUCACCAUUGCUCUAACGACCACCGCCUACCUGAACCCGGGGCUGACCCGACAGGCUGCCAGGCGUAUUCUGGACUACAUUAACUCUUUUCCUGCCCUGCGCAGACUUUACCAGGCUCUCCACCGCCUCGCUUCAGUCUUGCGGAGCGUCCCGCGUUUUGGACGUGGCGUCAUGCAGCGCCUGCCCAGGAUACGCCAUCACCUCCACCUGUUAGAGAGGGGGCUUUGGCAGCAGCUGUCUCGACUUGGCAGCCAGCUAGGUCUUGCUGUGAGGACCCAUCUCCACAGAAACAACAACAACAACAACAGAGUACGCGGCGAUGGUGACCCCGGAGAGGAGAGGCGGGACCCACCAGAUGGAAGAGCAGGAGACGGAGCCCACCAGGAGCUGCUGGAUUUAGUUUUCCCCUCGUCGAGCAUGGACAGGCCGCUAAAGAAGCAGUCGUCUUCGGGCAAAGACGGUAAACCUCUGCCCGCCGAGAAUCUGCUGACUCUGCUGAAGGAGCAGGAGGACAGGAAGAAGUGCGUCAUCUGUCAGGACUGCUCCAAGACGGUGGUGCUGCUGCCGUGCAGGCACCUCUGCCUGUGCAGGGACUGUACGAACAUCCUGUUGAGGCAGCCCGUCUACCAGCAGAACUGCCCACUCUGUCGCCACAUGAUCCUCAACACUAUGGACGUGUAUCUGUGAGGGGCCGACAGCAGUGGGUCUGUGGGCGUCCGAGCACAUGGAACAGUAGCUGUACUUUAAGGUUUACCACCACUGAAGUGACGUUGUUUGACUUGUUUUUACUAGGUUGUGAUAAAGGAUAAAUCUGCUAAUAUUCUACGUUUUUUCCUGCUGUCGGAUACAGUCUUUCUACUUUGUGUCUUCUCCAGCCCGUCGGUGGCUGUUCAUCUUCACUGGAGUUGUUUAUGUUUUAAAAAACGACUCGCAGAGUUAUAGUUUCAAUUUUUAAAAAGAUCAUUUCCAAAACAACUGUAGUUUUUAAACGAAUGUCACUCGAAACAGGAGUAAGUAGUGCUAGUGUGUGUAAAUGUGCUACCACUGCACAGACGAUGCUUAAAGGUCAAUUCAUUGUGUUUUUGGAUCUUUGGGGAUUUAAAAUGAUUUAUUGACAGCGGAAAAAAUAGAGAAUAUCACCAGAUUUAUCUUCUAAAAUGUUGUUUCAUAUGUGUGCACCUUCUGAAAACUGUCCAGAGAAAUACUAAUGCUGUGUCCCAAUUCUAUACUAAAUACUAACUGUAUACAGUAUGAACUAUAUGCUAAUCUUUAUAGUACCCUGUUGUGCUGUUAGUGUGCAAGAAAUCAACAUUUAACUGUUUCAACAAGCAGGAAAUGAUGUAAUACUAGUGCAGUCCAAUCAAACUACAAUGUACUGUUUCACCAUCCACAAUUAAUGUCCUCAGUGCAUUGCAUUGUGGGAGAAUAGUGUCCAUUAACAGUACACUUUGUAUCCACGCGUAUUAUUCUAGCGUGCACACCCGACGUACUCAAAUCCUGCUUAGACUCAGUCUGUAGUGUAGAUUUGGGACACAGCUCGACGUUAGAUGCGCCUGUUUAAAUAUUCCAGUAUUGCCACACUGAGUCUCAGGUCUCGUAGCCAUGGUAACCCGUCAGUGCCCUCCCUGAUGCUGAAAUGUUUACCACCGCUCAUGUCUUAAAAUGUCAUGCUUUAAGUGGGCCAAGCUGUGAGGAAAUAAAACUUACACUGUGCUUUAAGAGCACGAGUAUACGAGCGAUUCCACACACGUCGUGUGUA